AUGUCCGAUUGGACAGAAAUAACUGAAGGCUUGGCCAAAAUUAGGUUUGAAGGAAAUGCCGAAGCAUUUUACAACCCGGCACAGGAAUUCAAUCGAGAUUUAACGUAAGAAUUUACGCUUACGUAGAGAGUUUCUUUUAGGGUAUCAGUAUUAAGAAGACUCGGGAACGAGCUGAAGGAGAAGGCAAGACCGCAAGAUAAUGCUAAUGGAGAUGAACCAACGGCAAAGAAACGAAAAAUGGGACCAGUGAGUUCUUAAGAUUACUUUGUUAUUGGUUUAGACUGGGUUCCGAGUACUUGAUGCCCUUUCUGCUUCGGGAUUGAGGGCUCUUCGAUUCUCAAAAGAAGUUGAAGGGAUUACUGAGGUCUGGGCCAACGAUUUCAGCGAAAAUGCCGUCGAAUACAUCAAGAAGAAUGCAGAAUUGAAUGGAGUUCAAGAUCUUAUUCAUGUUUCUUAUGCCGACGCAACGUAAGUGUUUCUUUUUAUUGUUGAACUUUUAGGCAAUUGAUGUCUGAGUGUAGACAAGUUGAUAAACGCUUUCAUGCCGUUGAUCUGGACCCAUACGGCUCGGCUACGCCUUUUCUAAACACAGCUGUUCAAGCUGUUGUUGAUGAUGGAAUCUUGAUGGUAACUUGCACAGACAUGGCAACUUUAUGUGGGAAUACACCAGAAGCCGCGCUGAGCAAGUAUGGAUCAACUCCGUUGAAGCACAAAUGCUGUCAUGAAGCGGUAAGGAAAUUUUUAUAUUUUAGUAGGGGCUUGUGGGAAAUUUUUUGAAGUUUCUUAAUGGAUAAAGCAAGAUUGUAAUAAAAAAAAUAUAUUAUUUUAGGCAAUAAGAAUGCUCCUUCGCUGUAUUCAACAACACGCCGCCGCCUACGAUCGCUACAUUGAACCGCUAGUUUGCGUUUCCGUCGAUUUUUAUAUCAGAUGUUUCGUCCGAGUGAAAACAGGCGCAAGAAUGGUGAAAGAAGGCGCCACAAAGCUCUCAAAUGUCCUCCAUUGCACUGGCUGUCAUUCUCUUGCGCUGCAGCCGUUAGUAAAGAAGGUUGUUAACGGAAAUUCCAUCAAAUUUUUGCUUCCAAAACCGAAUAAUUCGAAUAUAAUGGAUGCGGAAGGCAAUUGUGUCCAUUGCAAGCACUCAGUUCAACUUACUGGCCCUUUUUACACCGCUCCGUACUUUAACCGACAGUUUGUUGAGGGGUUGUUGAAGGAGUAAGUCUGUUUUAUAUUGUUUGUUAUGGCUUUAGGAUAUCCGAAACCCCACUGGAAAAGAGGCUAGGAACUCACAAUCGAUUGAUUGGAGUACUAACUGUAAUGCUCGAGGAACUGGACGAUGUGCCGUUUUAUUAUGAAGUGGAUCAGCUGGUCAAUAUCUGCAAAGUUCGAGUCCCAAAAUCGAUCACUUUCCGGUCAGUAAUUAUCAACGCUGGAUACCGAAUAUCCGGAUCGCAUUGUAACCCCAAAGCCGUCAAGACAGACGCCCCAUUAUUGGUUAUUUGGGAUACUGUCAGAUCUUUUGUAAGAUUUUUAAAAGGGAUUUUUUCGAUGUUAUCUAUGAGAUGGUGGUUGAAUAAUAUAAAAAUUUGUAUAAUUUUCUUUCAGUUCGCUCAAGAAGGCCGGGAUACCAAGAAUUUUUCGGAAGAUGCUCCAGGACGGCAGAUCUUAGCUAUUAAACCAGUGUGAGUUGAGUUUAUGUCAAGUUUUAUAUUAAUUUAGGACCCCAUUCAACACCCAAUAUAAUCCGGCGGCCAGAGAGAACAGUAAAGUCUCUGGAUUACUGAGGUUUCAAGAUAACCACGGCAAGAAUCAUGGGCCCAAAUCCAAGGCCAAGGGAUCGGUAAAUUCGGCCAAAGCCGCCGGGUUUGUCCCGAAAGAAGUUGAGACCCAAGAAUAA